GUUUUCGGAUACGUCAAGUUUAGCCGAAAAUAGCGAGAGUAUUUACGGCAGUGUUACGUUUUGUGCGUCCUUGUAUUAAAAUGUCUACAGAGAACAUUAACAAAUCAAGGUUCCCACAUUACAAAAACAAAGGAAAAGACCAAGAUGAAAUGAGACGUCGUCGUAAUGAAGUAUCCAUUGAAUUGAGAAAAAAUAAACGUGACGAAUCUUUACUUAAACGACGAAAUGUUCCUCAUACAGGUACCACAGAGGAAGAUGAUGCUGACAGAAAUAUGGGUCAUGCUAGUUUAGAUCUAAUAGUAAGCAACGCCAAUAGUGAUGAACCAGACAGACAAUUAACUGCUGUUCAAGCAGCUAGAAAAUUAUUGUCUUGUGAUCGCAAUCCACCCAUUGAUGAUUUAAUUAAUUCUGGUAUUCUUCCUGUAUUAGUACAAUGUUUGAAGCAACAUGACAACCCUUCGUUACAGUUUGAAGCAGCUUGGGCUUUGACAAACAUAGCAUCUGGGACAUCACAGCAAACCACAGCUGUUGUAAAUACUGGUGCAGUUCCGCUUUUUUUAGAGUUGUUGAAAUCACCUCAUCAAAAUGUCUGUGAGCAGGCUGUUUGGGCCUUAGGUAACAUAAUUGGUGAUGGACCAGAAUUUCGAGAUUAUGUGAUAAGGUUAGGUGUAGUUACUCCGCUGCUCUCAUUUAUUAAGCCAGAAAUACCUCUGCAGUUUUUAAGAAAUGUUACUUGGGUUAUAGUAAACUUAUGUCGAAAUAAAGACCCUCCACCUCCUGUAGACACAAUAAAAGAUUUGCUUCCUGCUCUUUGCAUUUUGAUUCAUCAUACAGAUGUAAAUAUUUUGGUUGACACAGUGUGGGCAUUAUCCUAUCUGACUGAUGGCGGUAAUGAUCAAAUUCAGAUAGUCAUAGACUCAUCGGUUGUCCCACAAUUAGUUCCUUUGCUAAGUCAUAAAGAAGAUAAAGUACAGACUGCUGCUCUUCGUGCUGUUGGUAACAUUGUUACUGGCACAGAUGAACAGACUCAAGUAGUUUUGAAUUGUGAUGCACUUUCUCAUUUUCCUGCUUUGCUUAGCCAUCCUAAAGAAAAAAUUAACAAAGAAGCUGUUUGGUUUUUAUCAAAUAUUACAGCUGGAAAUCAGCAACAAGUUCAAGCAGUCAUAGAUGCUGGUUUGAUUCCUAUGAUAAUUCAUCAUCUAAACAAAGGCGAAUUUCAAACUCAAAAGGAAGCUGCAUGGGCCAUUAGCAAUCUUACUAUUAGUGGUACUAAGGCACAAGUAGCUUAUUUAGUCACUCAAAAAGUAAUACCACCUCUCUGUAAUUUGCUGACUGUAAGGGAUCCUCAAGUUGUGCAAGUUGUCUUAGAUGGAAUUAAUAAUAUUUUAAAACUAGCUGGCUCUCAAUUCUUCACUAUAGCAAGUCAAAUUGAAGAGUGUGGUGGACUAGAUAAAAUUGAAGGACUCCAGAGUCAUGAAAAUGAAGAAAUUUACAAGUUAGCCUAUGAAAUUAUCGAUCAGUAUUUCUCGGAUGAUCAAGUUGAUGAAGAUCCAACUUUGAUGCCUCAAACAUCUGAGCAAGGAUAUCAGUUUGAUCCAAAUGCAGCUAUACCCACAGAUGGUUUUAAAUUUUGA